AGCAACAACACCCGGCUACCUUUGACAGCAUCCCAAUGAGGUGGUCAGAACAACAUCCAUACCCUCACUCGUAUCAUGGAACGCCAGCGCAGGAGUAUACAGGUUUCGGCUGGGGGUCGCCACCACUUCCAAUGCAUUCGGCUGCCUUCUCACAAUCACCACCGUUGAGGCCGACUCACCAACAACUACAACCAUUGAUGAUGCCAUGGCCGAGCAUGAUAGGGAGUCAACAAACAUUUUAUCCACCCUUGUUGCCGCAGACUCAGGUGGGCGCAACAUCGCCUCCAACUGUGACGCCAGUGUCGGUGGGUUCGUCUACCAGAUCAGGCCCAUGUGUUCGUAAGACGCUGUCAGAUGAUGAUCGGAGAAGAAUGUGCAAAUACGCUGAGGAGAAUCCAACCGCCAAGCAGACUGAGAUAGGNAUCACCGUGUCAAAGGUCCUUAGGAAGAAAGAGCAGUAUCUAAACCGUGCUCAACCAAAGGAGACUCCGCGCUCACCUCCAAGCAAGAGACCCAAAGCACGACUGCCAGAUAUCGAGAAGACCCUCUCGGCCUGGGUUAUCAAAGAACAAAAGAAAGGCUCGCCUAUCACAGACGACGCUAUCCGAGAACAAGCCUGUUACUUUGCAUCAAUCCCUGGACCUGAGAACCCAGCUCUGAACCCAUUCAACAACCCCGGUUGGCUGGAAAAGUUCAAGCAGAAGCACCAUAUGAACAGCAGGAGCGUCAAGAACGAAGAGAUACGCAAAGACUCCGUCGCGGACUCUGACAAUGCUCACACCAAUCCGUCACCUAAUUCGCCCUCAGAUGAAACACUCUCAUCCAGUUCCCUAGAAACCAUAUUUCCAGCUCUGGACAACGCAACAAGCGAAGACGUCAGACCUGCCCUCGGCAACAAACGCCGUAAAUCUCCUCCUUCAAUCGAUACAGCGUUUACAGACUUGGGCUCUGUUUCCGCAUGCUUCACUCCCCAUAUGCUGUCUCCUACGUCACCUUUCUUCUCGCCUGCGAGUCAAAUCUCUUCCGGACCCCUGCAUUCGCCCUUCCUACAGCAAAACUUUCGUGCCAUGGAUACCUUUAUGGCUGACUCUCCUCCAUCUGAGAGUGCACUCUCACCCUCUCAUGCACAUCCUUUUCUGUCUUCUCUGCCUGGAUUGGCAGAAGAGAAGGAAAGACUAGGCAGUAUAGACGAAUGCAUGGAAGACAUUUCUCUGCUUGCCGAGGAGGUGCAGCAAGAUGCCAAGACCAUCAAUUUCAAGACUGAGAGCAACAGGAGACCAACUGAAGAGGAAGCGAGAAGUGCACUAGGAGUGGUUGUGGAGUUCUUCGAGGGACAGCCCAAAGGUUGUUUGGAGGUGUCAGAGGCGAUGCUGUUGGGCAGGCUAAAGGAGAAGUUGCUGCGU